AUGGAUAAUACAUUCGCAAAAGCUGAUGAAGUUCAAUUGAAAGAGACUCUUGAUGAUGUCUCAUGUUCAUCUUCGUCCACAUUAUCAGAAUUCCAUCGAAAUUUAGAUGCAUCCGAAGCAAAAUCGCCUUUUGGUCAAGAUGGAUUUAAUGACCUGUUUAAUGAUUCGGAUGAAAUCAAAGAAAAAAACUCAUCAGAGUAUCAAAACUUAUUGACACCAGAGCAAAAUACAACUGAAACAUCAAUCGAGCUUCGUCUUGCAGAAGUUGAUAGUGAUGAUGGAUUGAGUUUUUUUUUGUCUCUUCUCUGUGGGUUUGACCGUGAGGAUGUCGUUCCUGCUCGAACUUUACGUAACAACGUGGCUAAUCAUAUUCUUGAAUCACGGUAUAUCAAGAUUGAUAAUAUCUUAUGUGAAAUAAACCGUGAAACUCUUGAAACAUAUUCUGAUAAAGUCAAACAAGGUACUAUAUUAGGUGUUCCAACAGUACUUCAUGCUUUGGCAUCUUUAUAUCCAAAGUACUUAUUUUGUACCAUUUCAAAAACUAGUCGUACAGAUGGACGCAUCUCUAUAAAUGUUGCUACAUAUGUCAAAGAUAUUUCAUCGUAUAAAAAAUGUGUUUUUAUAUUCUACGAUGGUAUGAUUGAUCAUUAUAACGCUGUAUUUUUAUAUAACAAAACGAAUGAAGAAGAAGAAAAAAGCAAUUUUAAAUAUGAUAAUAAUACAAUGAAAAUUCUUCUUACAAAAUUUAUUAAAGAAAAGCUUAAAUAUGACAACUAUGUUAAUUCCGAAGAUACUCAGGUAAAUGUUGAAGCUGAUAUAACAGUAAACGGAUUCAUGGAACAUGAUUAUAUAUAUGAUUCAAUUGCUCAUCGUGAUGUUGCUGAUACAGAAAAAUCACUAGGGAAGUACGCAAAUUCGUGGAUGAGUAAUGCUACAAGAACACUUCCAUCAUCAAUAUCGAAUAUAAAUCCAGACAAUCUCAUAUCAAUACAAGCGUCGACAGGUGCACGUGAAAUAAUACAAAAAUUUGUUCGAAAAGAUGCUUUUGGUGGCGGUGAUUGCCUUUUUUCAUCUCUUUGCAACGUAUUGGGUAUUGCCGAUAAAAUUACCAUUAAAGAUUUACGUAAGCAAGUUGCUGAUUUUAAUCGUCAACCGGGUAAAAUUGAUGAAGAUUGGUUAUUAAAUACAACCUGGAAAACUGUUGACCAAUAUUGUGAUGAGAUGGAAAACACCACUGCAUGGGGUGGUGAACCAGAAAUUCGAGCUAUAGCUGAAUUAUAUAAAAUAAUUAUUCGGGUUUUAAAUGUUAAUUCUGAAAAAUGCUAUGUAUCAGUUUCCGAAUUUCCUACAAAUCAAACAUCAUUUGACCGAUGUUGUUAUAUUAUUCUUAAUAAUGAUCAUUAUGAGUCAUUACAUCUACGUACUGACAAUAAUUUAAAUGACGAACGUUCAAUUUUUGAUUCCAACGAUGAGGAGAUAAAGAAACGUAUACGUGACUUUAUUGCAAAAGAGUAUUGUACUUUCGAACAGUUUGUUGAACCAACCAACUUAAUAACCAUGACUGGUACCAAAAAUUUAUCAAAGAAACGAAAACGAGGAGAAAAUGACGACGAUUUAUCUAUGGGCGAAACUACAAAUAUAUUGGCUUCAUCAAUUUUGAAGAAACAUAGUGUCAAUAGUCAAUCAUUAACACAUUCCCGUCAUAUUCCUUCAAGUGAUAUUACAUACGAAUUAGAUCAGAACAAUAGUUCACCGGACAGCAUUGAACAGGUUCUUCAAACAGAUUUUUCUCGUUAUUUUGGUUGUUCUUCUGGACAACAAAUGGAACUACAACAAGUAGAAGAUUCUUCUACUGCAAAUAUUUCACCAGUAGAUACAACGAUUUCUUAUAAACUACAAAAUCAACAAAAAAUAAGACUUGAAAUUGAACCUGUAAAAAAAUUUAAAUUUCGUUAUGAAAGUGAUAUUGUACCACAGAAAGAAUAUAAUCAUAAUGGUGCAAGAGCCAAACGAGGACGUCCAACUUAUUUUGCUAAUCGGAACGAUAAGAACAAAAAGAAUGCAAGGCAUAGUCUCACAUUAUUGAUUCCAACGACGCUUGUAUUCGGUAAAAAUCCUGUUGCUCUCGAUCGUAUUAAAGCUCUAUCUGGCUGUCAUAAAGGUUAA